AUGGACGGCGAAACAUCCUUCACCCACGAAAUCGACUACAAUCCUAAACCCGAAGAUGCUGGCACAAUCAAAAUCUAUGCGAGUAUUGUUGGCGUCGUUGAUCAUGUACUAACAACGUACCCAAUUAUAUAUCGUUCCGCCGACGAUUACGAUGCAGCUUAUCGUUCUGGUGGCAACCAACUUCUGAAAGACUUCUUGAAGGAUGCUGGGAUUGAUACACAGGUCUUGUGUGACCUCUAUUUAUGUGUCGAUGAAAUUGUGUUUCUCUCGGGUCGGUAUACUCCAGAUUGUGCUUUGUCUGUAAGGAUGACAAUUGAUCCCAUUACUCCUCAAAUUGAGCAAGAAGAGGAGGUUGUUGCUGCGAUUCCACCAGUCUCAUGGAAUCAGACCAAUAAUAGACCCGUAAGCAAGCUCGCUCUCAUGUCCCUAGACCAGAAAAUCUACGUCAAGAACAAGAAUAGCUCUAAAUGUGAUGAUGCCACUUGCUCUAUUUGUUUAGAGGAGUUUACUACCGGAAAAAGACUAGUUAUCUUACCAUGUGGCCACUUGUUUGAUGCUUUUUGUGUCGCCGACUGGUUUAGUAUCAACCAUGUUUGUCCAUUGUGCCGGUUCGAGUUGCCAUAUGAAACAUGA